UGUAGAAAAGAACAAGCAUCAAGCAACCUAGUAGUUAAUAAUCAUAACUACGUGAAAAAAGCACACAGCCGGCACCAAUUUUCCGUGCAAACAAUGCAAUAGUUAUUAUCCAAAUUUCAGGUUUAUCUUGUCCCAUAAUUGAAAAGCGCUAGAAAUCAGAAAGUAAACAGCAUGAUGUCGUCAAUUCGCAACCUCGUAUUAAGGAAGUUUUUUAUCAUGUGAUUAACAAGGAUGGUACGACAAGAAGAACUAAGUGGGAAAUAAGUACGUGUCGUCCACAUACGGAGCUGAACAAUCAAUUUAUGCGUUUGAUGGCCAUGGACUUAUACGAUUACCGACAAUAGGCAGUACAGUGCAACUAUAGCGUCGAGAAAAAUUGGAACGGCGCACCGAUCCGAAUAAACUGUACUACCUGUGAGAAAAAUUAAGAUUUUAAUGUAAGACAGUCAGCUGGAUUGUUCAGUUCAACCGAUAAAAGCUGAUAAAGUAAAGAAGUCAUAUCUAAAAUCAACAUGUCAGCUCCUUUGAAACCUUGGGAGGCAGCGUCUUCGAUUCCUGUAAGUACUACAUCGACAGGGCCAGCUUUAGCUCAGACCUCAGUCCCGGUUCAAGAGACCCAGACAACUGUGGUGCAACCGCCUGCGCCUCCGCCACGACCUGAUGUUAACCUUGGCCAGUACGGAGCCUAUGGUAGCGGAUAUAGCAAUUUAAGUCCUCUAAUAAGUCGCUACGGAGGAAUGGGUCACGGAAUGGGCGGAUACGGGAUGGGAGGGUACGGUGGUUACGGAUCAUACGGUGGUUACGGAGGUUAUGGAGGAUAUAACGUUGUUAGCGGGUACGGUGUGGGUGGAGGCAGCGAAGUGGCUCGAAUCGCAGAAGACAGUACCCGCUCAGCGUUUCAAAGCGUCGAAGCGCUUGUACAUGCGUUUAGCUCAAUUUCCAUGAUGCUCGAAAGCACGUACUUUGCUCUUCACAGUUCGUUCAGAGCUGUCAUUGGUGUUGCGGAUCAUUUUUCUCGAAUACGUGACCAACUCGGACAGGUCCUGGCAGCUCUGUCCAUUGUCAGAACAUUACGAUGGAUCAUCCGCAAGACCCUUUAUAUGCUGGGUCUUCUUAAAGGAAACCCUGAGAGUGCUUGGAAAUCGGCGGCAAUCCAAGUUGCAUCGGACCUCACACAGGGCCCUCCUCGAUCCUCGUGGCCGGUAAUCUCAUUCUUCGCUGUAGUCCUUGGUGCGCCGUGGCUUAUAUAUAGAAUGUUUGCCUCGUCCGGAGUGCAAUCAUCAGCCCGGUGGGCGUCUGGGGAAGCACCGCAUUUUGUAGGCGUUGCACAGUACGAUUUCCAAGGUGAAAGUGAAAGAGAGUUGAGCUUCAAAGCGGGGGCGCAGAUUAGGCUCGCACCUAAGAAUCUUCAACCCAGGGUGCGCGGUUGGUUACUAGGUAGCGUUGAUGAACAGCGCACUGGUCUUGUGCCUGCAAACUACCUGAAAAUCAUCGGACCUUCGCAAAGGCAGACGGAUCUGUCAAUGUCUCCAGGUUUUUUGCCAGGGUCUUUGGGGAUUUCUUCGACUCCAACGCUUGAGCAGAACGCUCUACCGCAACGCGUCCACCAACAGCAACAGGCCAACCCAAAUCUUGACCAAAUGGAAACGUCGAGUACAAGCUUGUGCAACGAAUUCGUUGAAGUCAAUAUGAGCGAGCUCGACGACGCGCGUAAGGAGGAGGAUAGAAGCAGUUCUAAAGACAAAGAUCCCUAAAGAACUUUCAGCAGUAAAUAUUCUUGCUGUAAAUCACUAAGGCGAGAUGUUUUUGAACAGUUUUUUAUGCCACUCGUACAUUACGUGCUACAGAAUGCCGGUAACAGCACUCACAACACAAUAUAAAUUUGAUCUACGACAGCAUUAGGAUUAGCUAAGACGUCACAGCAACUUUUUCGCUUGUGUUUUUAUAUAUUUGUAAAUGAGGUUAUAUAAUUAAUUGUCCCAUGCCGUAUUGUUCUUGAAAGCCAUUUGGACUUAAUUCUUAAACACAUUUCGAGGGCUAAUUGAAAAAAGGUAUUAAAAAUGUACACAGGCAGAAGUAUAUUUGAGGCAUAGAUACCCAUAUAAAUAAAUAAAAAACAAUAGUACUAAUAACAACAUCUGUUUAUAUAUGUACAAUAUAUAUACAAAUAUAUGUUCGUCUCGACUUCAAAAAUGUAAUGGUUUGAUCAAAAUAUAAGGACAAAAUAUUUUUGUAUAAGCGCGAUAGAUUCUUUUAAGUAUGAAAUGCG